AAGAAGUCCUAAUUAACAGAUCAUCCUUUUUCUAAACAAUUCCUUAGAACAUUAUUCAUGGCUGCUCAAAACCAUGUUCAACUCACUGUCAUUAAAGAAAAUGAUAACCAGAACCGAAACCAAGUACCUGAAGAAGACACUGACUACUUCCAAAGGGCACAAUGGCUUCGAGCUGCUACCUUAGGAGCCACUGAUGGAUUGGUUACAACUGCAUCUUUGAUGAUGGGUGUUGGAGCUGUCAAGAAGGACGUUGAUGCCAUGAUCCUAAUCGGCUUUGCAGCAUUGUUUGCGGGUGCUUGUAGCAUGGCCAUAGGAGAGUUUGUUUCUGUGUACUCUCAACUAGAUAUAGAGUUGGCUCAAAUUAAGAGAGAGACCAAAACAAGAGGACAGAAUCAUGAACAGAAAGAAGAAGAAGACCAGGAGGGACUCCCAAAUCCAUUUCUGGCAGCCGUAGCUUCAGCUGUUGCAUUUUCAUUAGGUGGCAUAAUACCAAUUCUUGCUGCUGGAUUUAUAUCUAAUCAUAAGGUGAGGAUGGGAGUGGUGGUGGCAGCAGUGAGCUUAGCAUUGUUUGUAUUUGGAGGGAUUGGUGCUGUUCUUGGGAAAAGUCCUGCUGUAAGGUCUUGCGCCAGAGUUUUAAUCGGUGGCUGGAUGGCUAUGGGCAUUACCUUCGGACUUACAAAGCUGAUAGGCUCUGCUGGAAUGGAGAUGUGAUUGGAAUGUUAUGUUUCUGUGUCCCUAUUUCCAGUCCAGAAUCAUUUUUUUUAACAAAUGUCUGCUGUUUUCCUUACUUCCAGGAUAAGAAUAGAAUAAAUGGAAGAUAUCUCUUUCUGUAAUUGUUCUGUUAUGAAUGAAUGAUCAGAUGCGUUUUCUGAAA